CAAAUCACUUUUUAAAACGUGCUAAAUCGAAUACAUGUACGUAUAAAUUCGUAGUCAACUAACGAUCGUAAUAAUGAACUUUUACACCUUCGAAUGUGAAACUUUUCAAUGUUCUUUUCCAAACCUAUAUCUUUUAUCUCUUCCGAUAAAUGUAAUCUAAAUAUUCGAACUGCUAUUUCUAUCGCUGCAAACGCUCCAAUUCUUAUUUUUACGUAGCCUGUUACAAAAAUGGAACUUACGUAGAAAAUUAUUUAACGCAUUGAAUAUUAUGAUUAGCAUCCUAUUUUGAAUAUUUUACGUAUAUUUUUAUAUCACCCGCAUUCUGUGCAUUUUUGCAAUUUUGAAUUUCCCUUAAAUGCAUGAAAAUCACGGCACAUGCUUGCGUGUAUAAUCAAAUUUUUCGGACAAUUGGAUAACUUUGGUUUCAUAUGACCGAUCAUUUGUUUAAUAUAUUUCAUAAAUAGUAAUAUCGAAGAAAAACUUUCGAGUAAAAGUGCAAUGACUUGUUUCAAUUUUUCCUUGUUGCUUGCCAAUCUUUUCUACGAGAUAUCAUCUCCAAAUCUUUCGCUUUCAUUAAUCAGUGUACUGAUAAUCGAUCGUUCUAUUAAUCAGUGCUCUGAUAAUCAAGAUUCUGGAAUUUCUUUUUCUUGAUUUAUUUCACACGAGGGAUGAAACGUUUUGAAGAUGUUGAAUGAGUGGUUAAAGAUUAAUUUUAGUUAACUAGAAGAACAAAAUAUUGAUAAAUGCAGAUGUGGGUGGCUAUCUAGUAUACGUUAUCAGGAAGCUGUUUUUAAUAAGAUACGACGACCCAAAACUGACCUCAUGACUUGAGAUAAUGCCUGCCGAUUAGAGUCCUUCGGUUUAAUGCGUCGCGUACGUGAUCGUUCGCUGGAGAAUAAGAUUCGUGUUUUUUGACUUUUCACUCUCGAUAUAUUUAGGUUCUAGAAAUGAAAGUGGAGUUUGCAGAAAAGCGAUAUACGUCUAUUUAUCUAUCGUAGAAAAGACAUAAACACGUGCCUUAUCGAUCAAGCAACUAAUUGACAUAAUUAUAUGUAACAAACAAUAUUUACGGAAAACAUACUCUUUACGUUCUUUGGAGCUUGUCUGAAAAAUAACAAAUAAAUGGAGAAAGAUUCAUGAUCAUUUCAUAAAAAAUUGUCCAUAAAAAGCAUACCUACAAUAUGAUUUUUGGAGACGCGCCUUACCCAUAAAUGGGUCAAUCAAUGUUUGAAUAGGAAUUACCCUGAUCCAUAUGGAAGAUCCUGAACAUCUCAAACAUCUCUUAAUGUCUGUAUUAUCGAAAUUUAUUUAGUAAUUUAUUUUCAUUUUGUCCUUUUUCAUUUGCCCAAUUAAAAAAUAUUCAAACCGAAAGUUACGAAAUUAUUUUAAUGAAUAAAAAGUUAAGAAAAGUUACGAAAACAAAUAAAAGCGAUGGUUGAUUUACACAGAAUUCACAUGAGAAAAGUCGAACGCGCGGGCGAGCUUCCGCAGUUGAUAUUUUUCGAAUCGUCGCUGCUAACUUUCCUGGCCCGCGAUACCGGCUGUCCGGUUCGUCAUCUCGUUUAGUCGUGUCCGAUCGUUCUCCCGUUUUACUUAACAUCUCGGCUGCUCUGCUGUACGCGUUACAGUUUCGGCUUCUUUCUGUCUGUCCGCUGAAAAAAUAUUGCGUGAUCGUGUCAGAAAAUCACCAACAUGUGCAGUGGUAUAGCAGACUGCACGAUGUUGUUCCUGAUCGUGACAACGUGUCUGGCGAUGGCGGUACAGGCCGGAUGUCCUAUGCGACCGACCGCGGAACAAACUUCCGCUCCGAGGACUACGGGCGACGGUGGCUAUAGGAUACUCGUUAGCGGGAAGGCCGACAAAUAUAUUCCCAACGCUGUUUACACGAUCAGUUUGCAAGGAUCACAAACGCACGAGAGGCUGCAACAGUUCACGCGUUUCACGCUCUCGGUGAAUUCUCAACACGCUCCAAAUAAUCUUAACGCUCGAGUAGGAUACUUUCAACUGUUUUCCGAUUCUUUGACCACGUUCAAUGAAGACUGCGUCAACACCAUCUCGGAAGCUUCCGAUUAUCCGAAAACGGAGAUCCAAGUGAUGUGGAAGGCACCGCCGUCAGGAUCAGGAUGCGUUAUCUUUACAGCUAUGGUGCUGGAGAAUAGCGUGCGAUGGUACGCCGAGGACGUUGGCUUAACCAAGACCUUCUGCGAAAUGGAAGCAGCCGAGAGCGCGACCUUCAAUGUGGACAAGUGCUGCGCCUGCGACGAGGCAAAAUACUCGUUGACAAUGGAAGGACUCUGGUCAAACGUGACUCAUCCAAAAGACUUUCCAUUUUCUAUUUGGUUGACCCACUUCAGUGACCUAAUCGGCGCUUCUCACGUGCCGACAUUUUCCUUCUGGGGUAAGGACCACAUCGCAACUGAUGGCUUCCGGCAGUUAGCUGAGUGGGGAUCCGCGUCAGGAGUAGAAUCUGAGCUCAGGGCUCAGACCGGAAAUAAAUUAAAAACGCUCAUCAAAGCUGCUGGAUUGUGGUACCCAAACGUAAACAGCAAUACUACCAGCAGUUUCAAAGUGGAUAGGCUACAUCCCAUGAUAUCUGCAGCUUCCAUGUUUGGCCCUUCUCCAGAUUGGGUCGUCGGUGUUAGUAAACUAAAUCUCUGCAGAAAGGACUGUACCUGGACCAAAAGCGAGAUAAUCGAUUUAUACCCGUGGGACGCUGGCACUGACAAUGGAAUCUCCUACAUGUCGCCCAAUUCUGAAACAAAGCCGCGCGAGAAGAUGAAACCAAUCACCACUCUGUACCCUGAAGAUCCCAGAUCACCGUUUUACGACCCAACUGGAAGGCCCAUGCAGCCAUUAGCCAGGUUGUAUUUGAACAGAGAGAAAAUUAUUCCGCGGGGUUGCGACGAGGAAAUUCUUCAGCAACAAGUCACGCAGCUCGAAGUAGUUGAGAACAACGAGGAUACUUCUAGACCCGAAUGUCAGACUACAGAGUACACAGCUUGGUCAAGCUGUUCGGUGACUUGCGGCAAAGGACUGAGAAUGCGUACCAGGUCGUAUCUAAUGCCUGAAAAAGCAGCAAUGUUCAAGUGCAACAGGCAAUUAGUUUCAAAGGAAAUGUGUGUCUCAUCGAUCCCGGAAUGCCCUGGAGAGGAGGAGACAGACGAUACUGAUUUGCUGCCGGUUCUUAAUAAUCCUUUUUGCGAGACAACUGAUUGGGGUUCCUGGUCCGAGUGCUCCUCUACGUGUGGUCCGGGGCUAAGGAUGAGAACAAGACGAUUCCAGAAUAGCAUGGGUCGUAAACGAUGUCCUCACGUUUCCAUUGUCGAGAGAGAAAAAUGUAUGGAAGCGGCGUGCGUGUCUGGCUUAGAGGAACAGAUCGAUCCUACGUGCAAGGUGACUGAGUGGUCCGAUUGGUCUCCGUGUAGCGCUUCUUGCGGAAAGGGGGUAAAAUUGAGAACCAGACUGUUGAUGGUAGACCCGUCACAGCAGCAACAUUGCUCCUCUAAAUUGGAAUUGCUGCAGCAACGUCCGUGUUUGGAGCAGGCUGACUGUACUUUCGACAUGGCGACUGCAAAAGUGGUCUGUAUGGAACAAGCUGAUCCUGGACCCUGCAGGGGUUACUUCCAGAGGUGGGCGUUCGUUCCUCAGAAACUGAUGUGCGUACCCUUUGGCUAUGGAGGUUGUCGUGGUAACAGGAACAACUUCUUGACUGCUGAAGAGUGCAACAAUACCUGUCGCAUUGUACGAGACAUUCUUAGCGGGCAGCCUGUAAGUGAAGCUGAUGCUAGAAAUGGUCUGAUACCUCGCGCAGAACCUGUCGAUUGUCGUGUGAGCAAGUGGUCACCUUGGUCACCUUGUAGCGUCACGUGUGGUACAGGUCGCGUUACCAGUUAUCGUACAAUCCUGCAAGAGCCACAAAACGGAGGAAAUCCUUGUCCCAAGAAGCUUCAGCGGCGAUUCAGAUGCCAGCUAGCACCAUGCGAGUAACACUUUGAAGAAAUUCGAUCUUUAAUCAACUGGCACGACGAAUAAAAGGUGAAAUAUACAUCUGGGAUUUCAUACAAAAAAAGUUGUUGGUUUUAUAUAAAAAAUUUUGUAAAGAAGUAUUGCUUCUCUGAAAUUAUGAAUUCUGGUGACAGAUCAUAACAUUAGUUUGUAUAUGAUAUGACAGGUAUGAAAGAAACCGAUGUAUCAGAAUAAAUGGUAUUUUAUUAAUGGUCA